AAAGAGGAAGUGAGAAGGAGGUGCUGAAAGCCCCACAGUGUGAGAAGGGGAAGUGCAGAGCUCACUCAACAUCAGAAAACAGAGACAACUGAAUAUUCUCCAAGCUGGUCUGAUCAGGUUCCAGAAUGGCUCAGAGCUGCCUCAAGUGUUUGAAGUACAUCAUGUGUUUGGCCAACUUACUCUGUUUUGUGUGUGGUGUGGCAGUGCUGGUCCUCGGGGUGUACAUGAUGUUGAGCUUCAGGAUGGCUGCCCUCACCCCCACCCUGGCCAGCUUCACCGUCCCCAACAUGCUGCUGGUCAGCGGCAUCGUCAUCACCUGCGUGUCCUUCCUCGGCUUCCUGGGAGCUCUGAAGGAGAACCGCUGCCUCCUGCUGACGUUCUUCCUGCUGCUGUUCUUCCUGAUGCUGGUGGAGCUGACGGCAGCCUGCCUGCUGCUCAUGUAUGAGGGGGAGAUUGCUAGAAUGGUGAAUGACGAUCUUACCAAGGGUCUGGAGUUGGCCAAAGGAAAGACUGGAAAUAGCACCAUGAGUGAGUGGGACUAUAUCCAGGAUAAGCUCGACUGCUGUGGAGUCCAUAACUGGACGGACUGGGGGGUCAAUGUGCCGGAGUCCUGCUGCCGCCUUGGGGUCUGCGGGACCACCGAGCCUCUGUACAGAAAGGAGGGUUGUUUGGGGACGCUGAAGACUUUGUUUGAGGAUAAUUUCCUCACCACUGGGAUCUCUGUCAUCGUCCUCUGCAUUAUCGAGGUGCUGGGAAUGUGUUUCGCCAUGACGCUCUUCUGCCACAUCAGCAGAUCUGGACUGGGCUACAAGUUAUAGACUUUACAACUUUGAUCUUUUAUCAGUUUUUCACAGUUAAUAUCCUUUAAGGAAUCAUGUUUAAUUGAUGAUGCUGACAAAUCUGAAAAGAUCAGAAAAUAGUUAUCUUGUGAAAACGAAAACGUGAUUUUAUUAAUCUUUGUGUGACGACAAAAUAUCUUUGACCUUAGCAUAGAAGAAAAUAAUGUAUCCAGUAGAAAUGGGAAGAAAAUGUUUAAGACAUGACCGCGGUGUCCUUUAACGGAGUGAAGCUUUUUAGAUGCUUUUCAGUCUGCGCUGUGUGCAGGGAGACGACUGUUGCCGUUGGUUUCUCCAGACUUUUCUACAUUGUGUCUUUUAAGAAUAAUUGCAGUAUGAAAAAAGAGCUUUUCCUGUAAAAUACAUGACUUAUAUUCUGUAACUUUCUAACAAAGACUCAUCCUGUAAUAUACCAAUAAAGUAUUGUUUACAGUAUUUA